AUGGCAGACCCUGAGCUGCAGUGCGGCGUAGAGGUCAUCGUCUUCAGCCGGGAGCCGGGAACCAUGCCGCAGGCCAUAGCCGCGGCCGACAUCAUCCGCCUGCAGAAUGUGAUGGUUCAGUUCUGGGGCGGCCGCAUCCAGCUGAUGGGGCAGCUGGCGCCGUCCCGGCCGUUCUCUUACCUGAUGUUUGGCGGGGCGCUGGCAGCGCCAGACGUGCCCUACAGGCUUGGGGGAGGCCGCGAGGCGGCAUGGCAGGAGCAGCAACAGCAGCAGCAGCAGCAGCAGCAGCAGCCUUCUCACACACCGCAGCAGCAGAACGCACUCCGUGUAUAUGCGCCGGGCGAGAUCCUCGACAUGCGCUGCAAGGUGCUGGCCAUUGACAGCCGUGCGCCCUUGGAGGCGGUCCUUUUCGUGUGGGACUCCACAGAUGCACGCCCCAUGCCGUGCAAUGCGCACAUGCCACCGGGCGUGUUUCGCGGACGUGAGCAGCUGCGCGCGGCGCCGUGCUACCGGGUGAUGCCCCUGCUGCCAGGGGAACCGGGCGUUGAGGUGCUGCCCGACUUGCCACCCCUGGGCACAGCUCUGCCUGUUGUGGUUCCACAGCCUCGAGGCCAGCCACGGCGGCCCCUGCCAGCUGUGGGGGACUGGGUGAAGCUCAAGGUGGUGGGGCAGCAGCUGCACGAGCGACGGCUGGAGGGAGUCAGUGAGACGUACCGCCUGCUGGUCCGCAUGACCAGGCACCUCCCAGCCGACCCUCCGGCGAUGUGCCGCUGCUGCCGCCGCACUGGCGAAUGGUCCCUGGCGGCCAAGGUGCAGCUGGAGGACGCCACCGGCCGUUUGGACGCGCUGCUGCUGGGCCGCCAUGCGCAUGCCCUGCUCGGGGUGGCACCCUUUGACCCUGCUGCCAGCCCAGGGCAGGUGGCCGCCCUGACCAGGGCGCUGGCACUGCUGGGCCACAUGGAUUUGGGUGGCGUGGGCAGCGACGGCGAGGGCUGCUCUUGGCUCGAGGUGGUGUUGAGCAGCGCUCACAGCACACGCGCUGCUACCGCGGCCAGGGAGGCCACGGCUUUGGCGGGUGGCAUCCACGGGGGCAGUGAUGCCAAUUUUAUCGAGACGGUGAAAGGAUUCUCAGAUGAGAAUGCCAAGUGGCUCAAGCCCAAGAAGCAGGCGGCGCCGGUUGACAGCAGUGGUGACAGCGAGCCGGAGGACAAGCGGCCGACAGCCCGAGGCAAAAAGCAGCAGCAGGUGCAGCAGAAGCGGCUGCCAUCCAAGCUUGAGAAGCAUGCCAAGCAGCGAGCCAGCGAGCCGUCGCCGAGCAGCUCCGAUGAAGAGGGGAGCAUGGGCGAUGACGACGACGGCAGCGGCAGCGGCGGUUUCGUUGACGACGACGACCAGCUGCUGGGAAUCUUGGGCGAUGAGUUUGGUGGGGAGGAGGGCGACGAGGGCACCGGCAGCGGCAGCGAGGGCGAGGAUGGCAGCGAGGAAGAGGAGGGCGGCAGCCUGCUGGGCAGCGAGAGCGAUGACAGCGACGCAGGCGGCAAGAGGGGCGGGCUCCUGGGCAGUGAGGAGGAGGAGGAGGAGGAGGGGGAGGAGGAGGACAGCGAUGACGACGACGAUGACGAUGACCAGCUGGCCAUAGAGCGCCACAGCCGGCUGUUGGACAAGGCGCAGCGGCGUGCUGCGGCCGACGCUGACGCAGAGGCGCGCACAAUGGCGGCGGGGCUGGACACCAACAUUGAGGAGCACGAGCGCUUCACGCUGCCAAGCGGCCAGGAGGUGGAGGCCGAGGCGCAUGCGCCGCCCGAUUUGGAGGUGGUGCGGCGGCGGCUGAAGGAGACCGUGGGGGUGCUUGACAGCUUUGCCACCAUGAGGCAGGCGGGCCGCAGCCGGGCUGAUUACGUGGACCAGCUCAAGCGUGACCUGGCGGUGUACUACGGGUACAACUCCUUCCUGCUGGACCAGAUCCUGGGGCUGUUCAAGCCGGCAGAGGCGGUGGAGUUCAUGGAGGCAUGCGAGGUCCCGCGGCCGAUGACCCUGCGCGUCAACACCCUGAAGGCACGCCGCCGCGAGCUGGCCGCGGCCCUGAUCAACCGUGGCGUUAACCUGGACCCCAUCGGACCCUGGUCCAAGGUUGGCCUGGUGGUGUACGAGUCCAAGGUGCCCAUCGGCGCAACACCCGAGUACAUGGCAGGGCACUACAUGCUGCAGGGCGCCAGCAGCUUCAUGCCGGUGAUGGCGCUGGCGCCGCAGCCCGGGGAGCGUGUGGUGGACAUGGCCGCGGCCCCUGGCGGCAAGACCUCGUACAUCUCCGCGCUCAUGCGCAACGGCGGCCUGGUCUUUGCCAACGAGCCCAACGCGCAGCGCCUCAAGUCCAUCACGGGCAACCUGCAGCGCCUGGGCGUGACCAACGCCGUGGUGUGCUCUUACGACGGCCGUGAGCUGCCGCGCGUCCUGGGGGAGCGCUCCGCGGACCGCGUGCUGCUGGACGCGCCCUGCAGCGGCAGCGGCGUGGCGUCCAAGGACCCGUCCGUGAAGACCUCCAAGACCGCGCAGGACAUCUGGCGCUGCGCCCACCUGCAGAAGCAGCUGCUGCUGGCCGCCAUCGACCUGGUGGACGCGCGGUCCGCCACCGGCGGCUACGUGGUCUACUCCACCUGCAGCGUGCUGGUGGAGGAGAACGAGAACGUGGUGAACUACGCGCUGCGCAAGAGGGCCGUCAAGGUGGUGCCCACAGGCCUCGAAUUUGGGCGGCCGGGGCUCAUCCGCCACCGCGAGAGCCGCUUCCACCCAAGCCUGGAGCACGCGCGGCGCUUCUACCCCCACGCGCACAACCUGGAUGGCUUCUUUGUGUGCAAGCUCAAGAAGGUGUCCAACACCGCCCCAAAGCCCGGGGCUCAGCAGGAGGCGGAGGAGGAGGACCAGGACGACGCGGAGCCGGCCUUCAUGCGGGGCGGCACCGGCAGCACGCUUCAUGAGAAGCGCGGCUCCAAGGGCGGUGACGGCGACGCGGCUACCCCGGUGAAGCAGAAGGACCCCGCCAAGAACCUGGCCUCCACCCCGGGCUCCAUCUCCUCCCUGAAGAAGAAGCUGCGGUCGCAGGCGCAGCCGUCGGGCGGCAAAGACAACGAACAGGCGGAGGCGGCGGCGGACGAGCAGGGUGCCAAGCAGCAGCGGGGCGAGGAGGAGGGGGACGACGGCGGCGAGAGCAGCAGCGAGGAGGAGAUUGGGCUGGGGUCCAGCAGCGACGGGGAGUAUGAGGAAGGCAGUGAUGAUGACGACGAUGAGGGGGAGGAGGAUGAGGAUGAGGCGGAUGCUGAGGAUGAGGAUGAGGAGGAGGAUGCCGAGGGCAUGGACACGGAUGAGGACGACGAGGGCCAGGAAGACGACGGCAGCAGCGGCGACACGGGCAACGGCGUCGACGGCGGCGCCAGCAGCAGCGACGGCAGCAGCGACGACGACGAGCCCGCGCGCGGCAGAGGCAAGCAGCUGCGGCAGCAGAACGGCGUGUCACGAGGCAGGGGUCGGGGCGCAGGUCGCGGCGGUGGCGGGCCAGCGGGCAGGAGCAGCAGCAUCACGGGCCGUGGCGGCGGCCGGGGCCGCAGCGGCAGCCCCGGGGGCCGAGGCGGCGGCAGGGGGCGCAGUGGCAGCCCCGGAGGCCGAGGCGGCGGCAGGGGCCGCGACGGCGGCAGGGGGCGUGACGGUGGCGGCCGCAGCCCUGGCGGCCGGAGCGGCAGGGGCCGCGGCGGUGAGGAACAGGACGAUGCAGACCAGACGUACCCGCUACACAGGGCGGCCUACUACAAUGAUGGAGCGCGCAUCCGCCGUAUUGCGGGCAACCUCACCACAGACGAGCUGCACGCGCAGGACCCCCACGGCAACAAUGCGCUCCACGUGGCGGCCCUACGCCGCGCGACGGCCGCUGCAAGCGCGCUGCUGGUCGCUGGCCUGGCCGUUGACGUCAAGUCGCGGCGCGGCUGGACAGCGCUGGAGGAGGCCCUGGCGGCGCGCGACCACGCCACGGCAAAGGUGCUUCACGCCGCGUCCCUGGCGGCCGUGCGUGCGUCCAUGAAGGCCAAGCGCCGCGAGCUGCUGGCCGCCAUGCGCGUGAUGCCCGACUACUCCAUGAACCUCAGCUGGCGCUUGGGCAGCGCGGUGCCGGGGCUGGGGCUGCUGCUGCGACGUUACGCCCCCGCUGACACCUACACCCUGUGGAAGGUCGGUGACCGCCUGCGCGUGGACGGCACCCUCAUGGGCAUUGACACCAAGUCCGCCUCCCUCAUACCGGAGUGGAAGCGGGGCCAUUUCAGCCUCAUCAUGGACGGCAGCGCGGUGGACCUCACCACACCCAUAGGACAAGCAGCCACCAAGGCGGCAGCCAACGGCGCCCCGGCAGCGGAGACAGAGGCCGCGGCCAGGCCGUGCGAUCCAGCCGAGGACGCCGCCAGCGGGGCCUCCCCGCCGACGGCGGCAGCGGCCGCAGAAUCGCAGGAGCACACGCCCCAGCCCCUGCCUGAGGAAGGUGACGCCGCAGGGGCACGUGGGCGGCCAAGCGCCGCAGCCGGCAGCGGUGCGCCGCGGCUGUUGUUCCUGCACCACGGCAAGCGGCGGUGGGUUGACCUUGGUGCGGACAAGAAAGCCAUGAAGGCUGAGGAGCAGGCGGCCCUGGAGGAGCAGCUGCUGUACGCCCUGGAGAGGGACGUGGACAAGCAGCGGUUCAAGGCGCGGGGCUUCACCGUGGCGCCGCUCAAGGGCUGGCUGGGCGGCGAGGUCCGGGAGCGCGUGGAGGGCUGGAGCACGCGCGUGUACGAGGCGGCCGGCAAGAUGGUGGGGGUGUCGACGUCCAAGGCGGCGUGGAGCAUGCCAGAGACCGCCACGUUUGAGGACUACCUCGCCGCGUCGCCCCCGCCUGAUGACGUGUCGGAGGUGGUGUUUGACCCGCUCAACCCCACCACCUACGACCCCAUGCGCGCCCACAAGGCACGGCAAAAGGGUUGGGGUCAGGGCGACAACGGUGAGGAGUAUGAUGAGGGGGACGCGCUGGGCUGGGAGGACCCUGAGGGCGGCAGCAUGGGCGGCCUGGCCGCUGCUGCAGCUGCCAAGGGUAAGAGAGAGGGCAGCGGCUGGUGGGGCAGCGGCGGCGGCGGCAGCGCGGGCGGCCGCAGCAAAUCCGCCGGCCGCAGCGGCGGCGGUUGGUGGGGCAGUGGGGGCGGGGCUGCCGAAGAGGGUGGUGAGGACUCGGCAGGCGACCGGCUGGUCUCGGAGGGCAGCAAUGGCGGCGGCAGGGCCAGCGGCGGCGACGCCGGCGCCGAUGAUGCAGACGAGUUUGCCGCCACUGGCUCUGAUGGGGUGGAGCGCGUUCCCUUGUUUGACGCUGAUGGGGACGGCGCCAGCGGCAGCAACGGCGCCAGCGGAAGCAGCGGCAACGCUUUGGAAGCGGCAGGGCCAGCCACAACUGCGCGUCGUGACAAGCCGUCAGCAAACGCCAGUACUGCCGCUGCCGAGCGGCAUGAACCCAAUGGCAGCGGCGGGAAGGGCGAUGGCGUCCAGCCCGGCAAGAAGCCUCCGGCUUCUCCGUCUGGUGGCCGCCAGCUGCGCGCGCGGCUCUGGAUGGCUGAGGGGUUCCCCAUGCGUCUGAGCGCGCUGGUGCCCCUGCUGGAGGUCAUCGGCUCCGCCAACAAGCAGAUCGGCAAGGUUGCGCGCUUCAUGGCCAAGUACUCGACCCUGGACCUGUUCCCGGUCAAGAUCCAGGUGCCCCUGCUGCUGACGGUGUACGCGGUCGUGGGGUUUGCGCAGUUCAAGGAGCUGGGCCCGGCCGAUGCGCCUGCGCCAGAGUUUUUUGAGUGCUGGCGGCAGCAUGGUCCAAAGCGCAGUGCUGCGUGGCGAUCUUGA